UGGAUGCAAUCUGACAGUAUUGGCCUCCAGGAGCUAUCCCAGAGUGCUCCACUGUGAUUGUUCUGGACAGCAUUUUCAACUCAGAUGCACUAGCCAGGUACACAGCAAAAGCACCGGGGACUUUUGAAUUUCAAUUCCUGUUUGGCCAGCGAGCUCAUCAGCACAGGUGACCACGCAGAGCUCAUCAGCACAGGUAAUAAUGCAGUCUCCUGAGAAUCGAAAAAGAGCUCCAGCAUGGACCACACGGGAAGUACUGGAUCUGAUCACUGUAUGGGGACAGGAUUCCGUGCUAACAGAACUCCGUUCCAAAAGACGAAAUGAAAAAACAUUUGAAAAAAUUUCCAAGGCCAUGAUGGAGAGAGGCCACACCAGGGACUCAGUACAGUGCCGUGUGAAAGUUAAGGAGCUCAGACAAGCCUAUCAGAAAACCAAAGAAGCAAACGGAAGGUCCGGGGCAGGGCCGAAAACAUGCCGCUUCUAUGCUGAGCUACAUGCAAUUCUAGGGGGGUCCACCACCACUACCCCACUCCUGGCCGUGGAUUCUGAGGUGGGGGUGGUAAUCUCAGCCAUGGCUGAGGAUUCUGCGGAUGGGGAAGAUGAGGAGGAGGAAGAGGAGGACGAGCUUUUAGAGAGCACACAGCACUCCGUUCUCCCCAACAGCCAGGAGCUUUUUCUCACUCUGACGGAAUUACCCUCUCAGCCCUCUCAAGCCACUGUCCCACACAAUGAAGCCAUGGAAGGGACCUCUGGUGAGUGUAUCUUUGUAAAUAUAAAACAUGGUUUAAAAGCAAGCGUUUUUUAAUGAUUAAUUUGCCCUGAGGACUUGGGAUGCAUUC